CCAUCCUUUCAAGCAGCAGACGCAUGGUGGCUUUUCCUCCACACACAGCGAACCUUCGCGCAGUGAAGCCAACCCAGCAGGCGCUACCUGUGCUCAGCGACUCAGGCGAUGUGAGAUGGGGGAGCCGUCAUGGUGCGGACUGUGUAGGUGUCCCCCCACAGUCCUAUGGGCCAUGAGCGGUGGGGCAGCAGAGGUCAGCUUCACGAAGCGGGCAGCGCAAGAAUUGAGCCGCUGUUUCAACGGCCUGAAUGUCCGAUCGGCCGCCAAGAACCAGGGCACGACGGCCGCGGCUUUCUACCCGGGCAACGAGACUCAGCACUUGCUGCAGUGUCGGGGAGCCCGGAUUCGGACCGCGGUCCACAACAAAUUCAAGGAGCGCUUGGACAUAGUGCCCCAUGCGAGAACUCUGACAGAAUUGUGGCUCGAACCCGCCUUUCUGACGAAGCUUUUCAAGUACGUGAAUCCGAAGGAACGUUCCGUGUUGGCUCAGGUAUGUACAGCAUGGAGAGAAGUACUGUACCAACCGAAGUUCUGGCGUGGCCUCCAGCCAGUUGUGAACUUUCGAGAUCUCAAAACAAGUGGUCCUUGUGUGCGUUUAGGUAUAUACAAGAGCCUCGACAGGCGAGCAUUUGACUCUCUGUGUCUUUUCGGCGCCAGUGAUGAGGACAUUUACGACUUGAUCGCUCAGUGUCCAGCCAGUAUGGCCAAUCGGAUCCGUCAGAUAGGCCUCCGGUGCUCUGGUAUUACAGACAAUGGGCUGGAAGUGCUUCUGGGCGGUUUACCUUCCAUUGUUCAAUUAGAACUGUCCGGUUGCAACGAGGUGACGGAUGCUGGACUGUGGGCUAGCCUGAAUCCCCGCAUUGUAUCCUUAACUCUGGCAGACUGCAUCAAUGUGGCAGACGACACUAUUCAAGCCAUCACACAGUUAUUGCCCUCUCUGUACGAACUCAAUUUGCAAGCCUACCAUGUGACCGACUCAUCCCUAUGCUUUUUCAGCCCCAGGCAGACUACAAGUUUGUGUGUUUUAAGAUUACGAUCUUGCUGGGAGCUGACUAACCACGGCUUGCUGAACUUGGUGCAUUCGCUUCCGAAUCUGGUACAGCUAUCUCUGUCUGGCUGCUCCAAAAUUUCCGAUGAUGGCGUUGAGCUUUUAACAGAAAAUCUCCGACAACUGAGGUCGCUGGAUCUCAGUUGGUGUCCAAGGAUAUCCGAUGCGUCAUUGGAGUCUAUAGCAUGUGAACUUACCCAACUCGAAGAGCUCACCUUAGACAGAUGUGUGCACGUUACAGAUGUUGGCCUUGGCUAUUUAGCGAGUAUGAACAACCUGUGCGCUUUGUACCUCCGCUGGUGCACACAGAUCAGAGAUUAUGGAGUCAAAACCUUAUGUAAUAUGAGAAGCCUCCAGAUUCUCUCAUUGGCAGGCUGCUCUCUAGUGACAGCAAAUGGAUUAUCGUCUUUGGUACAGUUGCGUCAUCUCCAAGAACUGGAGUUAACUAACUGCAAAGGUGCUACAAGGGAACUGAUUCAAUAUUUGCAUCAAAACCUGCCUCACUGUCUCAUCAUUGAGUAAUGCAAAUGGUUUACUGAAAGCUACAGAUGGAAGAGGACCUUUGGAAUAUAUUAUUAGUUAUUAAAGUAAUAUUACAGAGUAAAAAGCUCAAAAUUUGGAGAAAAAAUUAGUGAAACAUGAAUAUUUAGAAUUUUUGUUCCUUUUAGUUAAAUGUGUAAAUAUGAAUUUUUAAUCAUUGUGCUCAUUCAUGUGCAAAAUAUUACUUUAUUACAGAUACAGUCAAUGUGGUUUUGUUAAUUCAAUUAGUUUCAUUUUUUAUUAAAUACAAAUGUGUAAAAAAAAAUGUAUAUUCAAAUAAUAUAUAUGUAUUCACUAAUCCAAUAUAUAUAAAUGUAAGAUGUUUAGAGUCUUAUCAGAAUACUUGAUAAACAAAUCGUUUUUCUGAAAAAUAGUAAUCAAAGAAUAAUUAUAAUGUAAACCACAACUGAUUUUAAUGAUUGAUUCUGUUUAGGUAAUUAAAAAAAUAACAAAUAAAUUAUAAAAUAAGAUUAUUGUAUUUCCUACUUAUAUCACAGAUAUUAAAAACCAAGCACAACUGUAACAGAUUGUAAGCAAUGUAAUUCAGUUCAGAUAAAAUACAUUAUGCUCAUAUAUAUAAUAGAAAGAUGUACUAUUAAUGAUUAAAUACUGUAUAUAUAUAUAUCAGAUUUUGAGAAAAGUGCUAAGAAUUUUUUUAAAAAGUUUAUGAAAUACACUGAGACAUCCUCAAGUUUUAUACUUCCUUGGGCCAAGUAGUUUAUAUAUUACUUUUCAAAUUAUUCUAAAUUUUAUUUUAUUUGCAGCAUAAAAAAAUUGUCCAAAGUAAAUUGUAGCUUUCCAAAAUUUGAUUUCAGAUUCGUAAACUACAACAAUAUUCAAAAAUUGAUAAUUCACUUAAUGAAAAUAUAGAGCCAACAACAAGUCUAAAAAAAGUACAAUUUUUUAAAAUAAAUUAAUCUGAAGAAUAUUAAAUUUGAAAAUUUUCAAUCAUAAAAUGUAUAUAUGCUUUAGAAUGAAUUUUAUUUCAAUUAUAAAUUCUAACUUUAAUUCAAAAUCAGCAAUGGUUAAUAUUUUACAGAAGAUACUGGAUGGAUAUCAAAAGAAAAUAUUGAUAUGGGAAAAAAAAUUCCAAAAUGUAAAUAUAUGUGAAAAAAGUUUAAAAAUAAUUAUUAUGUAUACUCUAUGAGUCGAAAUAAGUCAAAGUGUGACGUACAGUAAAUUGCAUAACAAACAAACCUCUGGAAAUUUAGAAACUUUCCAAAUUAGAUUAAUAUUUCUACUUGCUAAAUUUUAUCUUUAGAAUUAUAUAUAUAUAUAUAUAUUUAGAAUUUAAACUGUUUAUAUAGACUAUAUAUUACUAACUUUGAUAAUAGUGUAUAUGUUUAAAAUUAUAUAAAAAUAUUAGAUUAUAAAUUUAGUUAGUGCUUGAGAAAAGAAAUUCGUACUGAUGCUUAUAGAAUGACAUCUUUUCAUAUUGAAGUAUUGAUAACUGAGAGCCAUAGAUAAAUAAACCAAUAUAUACGUAAACUAUGGAAGAACAACUGAAUAGACGAUAAUUAAAAAUCAUAUGUUUCACAUUAGUCACAAUAAUUUAAUGUCUUCCAACCUACGAAUAGUAAGAUUGUAAUAAAAGAAAGUGAAGAAAAUACAUCAUAUAUAUAUAUACAUAUAUAUAUAUAGUGACUAUGAUGUAGUUGUGAAUUUUAUUAAUUUCCUAUGAUAGUUUUUAAUGAUUAUUAAAAAUGAAUUUUAAAAAGAAAUAAAAAAUACAUGUGAAUAAAACAAUUAUUUUAAAUUUUUGAGUUAACUGAAAGAUAUAAAAUACAGAUUCCUUAAUUAUGAUAAAAAGUUAUAAAACAGACAUUAUUAAUUAUAUUGUGUUUUUCCAGUUUAAAUAUUAAAUUCAUAAGCAUAGAUUAAUUUUAGAAAAUUUUUCGUUACUAAUAUCUAAAAACAAAUUUAAAUGGAAAAUUUUUAAUUUAAAACUAAGCAUUUUAUCAAAAAUAUUAUUCACAUUUUUAAAACUAUAUAUUUACAUUAAAAUAAAAUAUUAUGUGCAAGUAGUUAUGAAUAUUUAAAUUGAAAUAAUUAUUAGCUUUUUAAUUAUUCUUCAUUAUUUUUUUUUAAUAUGAAAACAUGCAAUUUAAUUUUCUUCAGUAAUUUGGCUGAUAUAGCACAUAAAUCAGAUCGAAGAAGAAAAAUGUAGUACACUAUUUUUAAUGCUAAAUCUUAAAAAAAAUUCCUUCCUUAUAAUAAGUAUUCUGAACUCAAGAACUGAUUACUUCAUAAUAAUAAUAAAUAAAUAACACAUUUUGUUAUUUAUUUUUAAAAGUUCUAAUCAAUUAAUCUCAAAAUUUCAGGUAAAACAAUGGCUCAUGACUUAGAAAUAAAGCUAAUAACAAUUAUCAUUUAAGAGUAUUUAUUAUAAAUAUUUCAGAUAUUUUAAAGCCCAAAAUAUUUAUCUCAGGAAUGUAUAAGUCAAUUCGCAUAUUUAAAAAAAAAAGUAGAAAUCAUUUUAAACUGAGCUGCUGCUGCAGAUUUUAAUCGUAAUACCUUUCCUUCUAUCUUUUUUUCUUUUUUUACCAGUAUAAAUACACUAUAAAAUAAUUAUUUUGAAUUCAAACAUGGAAACAAAGAGAAAAUAUUCCAUUAAAUGUAGCUAAAUGUUUAUAAAAGGUUAAUAUAAUCUAGAAAAAUUAUUUAAAAAUUUAGAGCAUAAAACGAUAUUAAAAAUACAAAUCUCUGAGACCAAUUACUUCUUUAAUUUAUGAUAUAUAUUGAUACAAAUUAAUUAAAUUCAGUUAAAAUAUUGUUUGGUGAUUAAUUUGAUGAAAGUGAUUAUUUUAUAAAAGAUUUUCUUCAUUAUAUACACACAACUACAAGACCCUUGAUAAGAUAAAAACUGUGAUUUUUUUUAAAUAAAAUUUUAUGUAAUUCCCUCUGUAAAUUGUUUCAAAGUUAGAUAUAGAACUUACUGUUACUUUUUAAAUAACCUAUUGUUAAAUAUGAUCAGUGCAGUCUAUUUUGAUGCAGUAAGUCCUUGUGAUAUAGAAAAACAGUUAAAAUGAGUUUAUCAUUUUAACCUGGACCACAAACCUGCAAGGGUUUUAGAAACAUAACAACUCAAAACAGUACCACAUACCUAUAAUUACAGAAAAAGUAAAUUCCAUACAGAAGUUUGGUCUGUAUUAAAUAUAGAUAAAAAUCUCAACAAAUCUAGAAUCAAAAAUGGGUUUUAUCAAUUCCCUGUCCUUCUGAUGUUUUUAAUUAUAAUUUAUAAGAUUUAGAUAUUCCUGGCUGUAUAUAAAAAGAAAAGAACAAGUAAGUUUAUUUUAAAAACUACAUGAUAAAACUAUCACGCAAUACAUUUAAAAUACACAGCAGCAUUAUAAAGAGGAAAAAAGCAAGAGAAAAACUCAAACCUGUAAAUAAUUUACUUUACAUAAUAUUUCCUCAAUAUGCAGCAAUUGCCAGUUACUUUAAAUAUCUUAUGAAUUAUGUAAAAAAAAUAGAGUUUUCUAAACAGUUUACAUUCUUAAAAAGAACUUAAAAUUUUCUAUCAAUUAAAAUGUUUAACAUUUAAUUAGCACUAGAAAUUUCACUUAUGGUAGGAAGUAACAUUUAGUGAUUAAAGUAAAAAGGGGCAAAGUAGCCGGAAAAAUACUAUUAUACUUGUAAAAAUUGAAUACUUUAUGAACUAAUUGCUACAUUGUGAGUUGUAACUAGAAAAUUGACUGUAUAUAACACUUAGGAUAUAUAAAAGUAUUUACUGAUGUUUAUAUUUACAUAGCACAAUGUCACAUAGUCAAACUUUUGUAUAAACAGCCUCAGUAUAAAUCUAAAACCCUUUGCAGGUACCUUCUGUAAAAAUAGAAAGCAAUGUAUAUAAUAAUGUAAAAGUUAAUAAUAAAAGCUGCUUCUGUUUGUAUCCUUUUACUGCUCUGAGAACCUGCAUUGGUCUCUGCAGAGCAGAGAGCACAUUACAGGUGUGAUAUUCUGAUGCAAUAUUCUAUAAAUGUUACUAAUGGCACAAAACUGGAAAUAUGUAAUAUUUAAAUAAAUGUAAAUACAGAUUUGAAA